AUAAAUGUCUUCACAAGCGCCGAGCAGCCACCCCUCAGUCGAGUUCCACCUGAGAUUGUGUUACCAGGGAGGCUUUACUUCUCAAAACAAUCAAAAAACAAACUGGUGAAAUCCAACACAGCCGCUGUUUACUGCCGUGUUAAGAGCUGGUAGAUAUAGGCUCGCUUGGAGAGGAGCGAUCCACGAUGAGCGAGGUCAAGGCCGAACACCGCAGCAGCCAUCAUGGCAGGUCAGAGAAGGACCACCACCACGGCAAAGACCACCACUCCACGGACCACCAUUCCAAGGACAAACAUCCGACCCUUCGGGGCGCUACCAUCAACCCGGUUCAGACAGGUAUGACAGGGGGCAGACCAAGGGCGGGGACGUUCGGCCGCAAGGACACUGCCCACUCCAUCGCCAGCAACCGAGACAAGCAUGUGAGGGACCACGACCGCCACAGCGUGGUCACGGACGAUCACCACCACCCCAUGAUCAUGUACGAGAACACGUACAAGAUGGAGCCAGACGCCAGGUUCAAGGAGGGAGAAGUGAAGCAGAUUAUCAGGGCCGUUCUGAAGGACCACAUCACGGAGAACGUGUACGAGUGUGGUGCCAUGAAGACCAAGAGUAUGAUGCUGAGCAACAAGAUCCUGGAACAGGUGAAGAAGCUGGAGAUGAAGAGAUUCAAGUUCGUCUGUUUUGUGAUGAUCGGCGAGAAAGGAUCACAGAGCAUGCAGUUCUCGUCUCGGUGUCUGUGGGACCAGAGAUAUGACAAUUAUACCACGACGCACGUCACCCAAGGCAACAUCCACGCCACGGGGAUAGUGUAUGCUGUCUACGCCGAAUAACCAGGACAGCCUUAGAGUUAAAUAGAGACAUUAGAUCCCAAAGACUGCCAUUUUGUUAUGUUCGUAACCAUGACAUUUUGGAAUAUUUGUUAUCAUGAUUUGUAACACGUGACAAUAACUCUUGUUAUAUCGCAUUUGUAAGCGAGAUUAUUCAUUCUGUUUGAUUUACGUUAUCAACAUUACAAGCGUUAUGGUGGCUAUAUGGAGGAUACUGUGUCAACCGUCAGGUGCUAUAAAACAUACGUAACAUCACCAUAUACAGUUAAAUCAUGGAAACUGUUUUAUACACGUUCUAGUCUACUCUUCCCAGAAAGAACUGAUACAUCAAAGUAACCAUGUACAGAAUAUAGCGUUUGUUUUUCGGGAAGUCAGCUAUUCCUGCUAUGCAACUGUCUGUAAAUCACUGUCUCCCAAGGCAUACAUUUAGUUGGAAGUAUGAGUGGCGAAAAGCGGGUUUAUGGCGCACUAAUGUCUAGGUCAUAUACAUAGCACCUUGUAAAUGACGUCCUAAAACCCAUAGUGUUGAACUUGAAACAGACAGUAUUUUUGUUUAUUAAAUCAUCUACGAUGUCCUCA